AUCCGCAUCCUCGACGGCGGCCUCGGCACAACCCUCGAGCAAAACCACUCCGUCUCCUUCUCCCCGUCCUCCUCCCCCCUCUGGUCCUCCCACCUCCUGGUCAGCGAUCCCGAAACCCUGCUCCUCUGCCAGAAGUCGUUUGCCGAGAUCCCCGUCGACGUGCUCCUCACGGCAACGUACCAAGUCUCCAUCGACGGCUUCGCACGCACCAAGACGGCGCAGCACCCAGCCGGCAUAGCAGACGUCUCCCACAUCCCGCCCCUGCUCGAGAAAGCAAUCCAGAUUGCCCAUGAAGCAGCAGCAGCAGCAGCAGCAGCAACAACAACAAAUGGACCACCACCACCACAUCCCUGCGCCGUGGCACUAAGCCUCGGCCCCUACGGCGCAUGCAUGAUCCCCAGCCAGGAAUACAGCGGGGCCUACGACGCCCAGCACGACUCCCAGGAGGCCCUCUACCUCUGGCACCGCCAGCGGAUGGAGCUGUUCGCGCGGGUGCCGGACAUCAGGCAUAGCAUCACCUACAUGGCCCUCGAGACAAUUCCCCGCCUCGACGAGAUCGUCGCCCUCCGCCGCGCCGUAGCCGCCGUCCCGGCGCUCUCCUCCGGCAUCCCCUUUUGGAUGUCCUGUCUCUUCCCCAACGAAGAAGACGAGACUACGCCUGACGGAAGCUCCCCUGAGGCCAUCAUCAGAGCAAUGCUCGAUCCUGCUCUCGCGGAAACAGCAGCAGUCCCCUGGGCCGUAGGCAUCAAUUGCACCAAGGUUUGGAAACUAGAUUCCUUGCUCCGGCGGUAUGAAGCUGCGAUCCGUGAUCUGCUACACGAGGGCACCAUUAAGAAGUGGCCUGCUCUGGUGCUGUAUCCAGACGGAACAAAUGGGGAAGUGUACAACACAACCACCCAGCAGUGGGAGAUUCCUCAGGGGAGUGAGCAACAGCACGAUAGAGUCCCGUGGGAGGCACAGCUCAAGCAGGUCGUGCGGGCUACGGAAGCGAGGGGGGACUGGCCCGAGAUCAUCGUAGGGGGUUGCUGCAGGGCACUCCCAAGCGAUAUCAAGAGACUUCGC